GUAUUUGUAAGUGUAGCGAGAUCACAAGAUUACAACUUUGUUAACAUCGAGUCAAACAGCCUACAGGGAGAACAGGAACAUCGAGUGAUGAUUCCCUCUGGAAGUUCUGAGGUGAUCUAUAUGCCCAUAGUUCCUGCUCGACUGGGUAACAUCAAUGUUACUAUUAUGGCCAAAACUGAAGGCUUUAAGGAGCUUAUCAGCCGCGGCCUCCUCGUAGAAUCUGAUGGAAUACCUCAACCUCGUCACAUCUCCUUAUUGCUUGACCUGACUCAAGGAGCUUACCUCAUCAAGUACUUGGAGACUAACAUUAGUAGGACCCCCUUCUUACCUGAUCAGAACAACCAACUCUACGUUCCUGGUUCUAACAAAAUAAAGUUAUCAGUUUCAGGUGAUGUUAUAGGUCCUACUUUCCUGACCAUGCCUAUAAACACGACAUCUCUUCUUCAGAAACCUUGUGAUGGUGGAGAACAGAAUAUGUUUAAUUUCGCUGUCAACCUGUACACUCUCUUGUACUUACGUCAGACUGGCCAGAAGACACCUGAAAUAGAGAAGAAAUCUUUACAUUAUUUAAAUCUUGGCUAUCAGCAUCAGCUCAGUUAUCAAAAUGACGACGGUUCUUUUGGGAUGUUCCAGAAGAAUGACAAAUCUAGUGUUUGGCUGACAGCUUUCUGUGUUCAAGUUCUUCAUAAAGCAUCUCUGGAUGAGUGGACAAACUUUCUUUACAUAGAUCCAACAGUAAUUGCAAAAGCUGUUAAGUGGUUGUUGAACUACCAGUCACCAGAUGGCGCUUUUACAGAAGCAAACUUCUUUCCUUAUGAUCGAAAAAUGAAACAGAGUGCUGGAAGACUUGAUGACGUAGCUAACCAUGGGAAAAUCGCACGCACAGCUCACGUUCUAAUCACUCUGUUGGAAGUUAAGGACUUGGGCGGAGAACUGGGAGCGAGAGCUUCCACAAGCCGGACCGCAGCACAGAGAUAUUUGGAAAGAACACUCCACAUUGUGAAGAACUACGAUGAUCCAUUUGAAUUAGCCAUUGUAACGUAUGCUUUAACCUUAUCCGACAGCAAUGCUGGAGGAGAGGCCUUUAACCUGCUGGACUGGAGAAUGAGAGAAUCGAGUGGUAUGAAAUACUGGGCAAGAGAAACUGUUCCUCCUCCUCGAACCGCCAUCAUAAACAACCGCCCGUACCUUCUACCCAAAUUGCUUCACAAAUACGAAGCCUUGAACGUGCAGACGACAGCAUAUGGCCUUUUGGUGCACGUGGCAAGACAGGCAGUCAUUCAAAAGGAUAUUGUUAGAUGGCUUGUUGCUCAGCGAUUGCAUGAUGGUGGUUGGAGCUCUACUCAGGAUACUCUCCUGGCUUUCCAAGCACUAAUCGAGUACACGGUUAAUUCGAGACCAAGAGACGCUACCGAUAUGACACUCACUAUAGAGGCACUCUCCAAUCCCGGUUUUGUGUGGCAGCUUCACAUUGGAGAUGUUAACCUUUCGAAGCUACAAAAUAUAGAGAUACCAAACGCAUAUGGAGCGAUAAUUGUGAAAGCUCAAGGUUCUGGACUUGCCAUUGUUCAGUUAUCUGGUGAAUAUAACGUGGACAAGCCUCAGCUACUGAUCCCACCUCCAGUAAAAGCCUUUUCUCUGUGGGUGCGUGGUAAUUUUUUUGGCCGAAACAACUCUCAUAUGACAUUCCAGUCUUGUCAGAGCUGGACUAACCAAGCUGAGAGCCGUGCCAGUGGACUGGCGGUAUUGCAAAUAGACAUUCCAACUGGAUAUGGAAUUCACCAGCAAGAGUUAGAUAAUUAUGUUCAAACUGGCGUAGUUAAGAAUUUGCGAUAUGCAAAAACCAAGGAAAGAAGAGUUACCUUCUACUUUGAAUAUUUAGAUUCUUAUGAAACGUGUGUUUCGUUUACUGUGAAAAGGUGGCAUCCAGUGGCCAAUAUGACAAGAUACUUGGAAGUCAAAAUAUUUGAUUAUUAUACACCAGAACGUUACAACCAAACAAUCUUUGACGCAUCCAGUCUGUACUAUUUGGACAUCUGUGAUGUAUGUGGCUCGUACCAGUGUUCAUAUUGCCCAGUUUUUAGCUCGUCUGCCAAUUUCCUACACCAGAACCAUCGGAUGUUGAUUUUCGUUUUAUUGUUCUUUGUGUAUUCUGUAUUAUGUGGCUCAAAGAAAGUGUGAUUAAAAAAAAGUACUGGAUUUUGAAGUACUUUAGAGCAAACUUGAGUGAAAAAUUGAUCUGAAUACAGGCUGUACAUCAGUGAUCUAGUGCAGAUUUGAUGUACAGUGCCUUCUGAGAAAACAAGAACGAAAAGAAUUCGAAACCAAGAAGACAAUAUUAGGACACAAAGCUCAAAAAAUACAUGCCAAUGAACAUUGCUGCUCCAUGAAGAAUAUCGUUGUAAAAACCUUGAUUUUUUGUUUAGACCAAAAUUGCUUGUUUUUACUCUCAAGAACAUAUGCCCUAAUAUCAUUCAAAACUAAGCGAUACUGAUUUGGGCACCACUGGUAAUCGAUAAAUUUGGUUUUAAUUUUAAAGAGUAAAAAAAUCUAAAAAAAGUAUCAGUCUUUGUUCUCCAUUUUAAUCCAGAAAAGACCUUUUCCGGAUAUACUGUGUACUUAUUAUGAAAGUAUAUCGUAAGAAAUGGAAAGUGUUGUCACAUAAAUGUUAUUCUGGAAAGCAGUUACGAGAUUGGAAGCUUGAUCAUCAAUAAGCAUUAGAGAAUAUUCGUCAUACGUUUGCAUAUAUUAAAAGUUAAUAUGUCAUUCCUUAGUCAGAAAAAUAGGCUCUAAACAGAUGAUAGUAGAAAAAGAUAUGGGAUUGUAAUUUUAUUUAUUCUUCAUUAACUGCAUAUUAUAAAAAUAUUUAAAAACAUGACUGCAACCUGUGAUGGGGAGCCUUUUCUAAUGCAUCGUAGUUUAUAGUUUUAGAUUAAUAUAGUAAUAUAUUCAAAUAGACUUAUUAGCACUAAUAUGUGUGGUUUAGCUAUCACAUUUCGUCUUGAAGUCCCCCCCCCAAAAAAAAGCACGAAUAAAGUGUAAGAAAUAUAUAAAUUUGAAGUCAUAGAUUGGGAGAAAAUUAUUCCAAUGAUGUUAUCGAUGCUCAAUGAUGUUAUCUGAAGCUAUAAGUCAGAUAAAAAAGUACGAAUUCAGUAAAAUGACAAGUCUAUCUGUCACGUUUGUUUAAAUAGAUUAAAAGUAACACUUUGAUGAAGUCGAUCGAAACAAAAAGCUCGUUGUUCUUAAUGAUGUUAACUUUAUAGAACGUGCGUCCUGCUUUUGUCCGUGGUGUGAUAGGUAGACUGUGUAAUUUUAUUGUGUUUAAAUGUUGAAAUAAAACUACUUAUAAUCAAAAGUUCUAAAUAAAAAAUUCAGAUCCUCGUAGAAAUAACUUAGGUUAGAAUAAUAACAUUAUUUGGUCUUUCCUGUACCUUGCAGUCUACGAAGGCAUUGUAUAUACAAUGUAUAUGUAGAGAUUAACCUUAGUUUAUUAAACAUAAUGUGGAAUAUCAAGACAGUAUAUAAAUGCUUAAGUAUUAAAAUAUUCCUUCCACUC